AUGAACUCAGCUCAGCACCUGCUCCGGUCUCAGAGGGACUUGCUGCUGAGCUUGACUCUGGAUCACCCUGCUCCCUUGCUGCGUUGGCUGCGUGAUGCUGAGGUGCUUUCUCCUGCUCACUACCUGUCCCUGCUGGAGAGGUCCCCAUCCAAUGCUGUGGCCCAGGCCAUGGAGAUGGUGUGUGCCACUGAGGAGAGCAGCCAAAGGUUCCUGCAGGUGCUGAGGGAGGUGCAGGACUAUUACUGCAGAGAUCUCCAGCUCUGGGUGGAGAGACACUGCAGGGAAGGUGUCAGUAAGCCAGCGCCUGAACCUUUGAAAGUUGAAGAAAAGAAGCCUAAAGGUUUUUCUAAACUGUUCAAAGGAAAGAGCAAAGGAUUUACCCUGACUACUGAAGCAAAAGCAAAAGAACAACUGGAACCUAGCAGGAGUUUAAAGCUGGCCAACCUCCGAGUUCCUAUUUCUGCGCAUAAAACAACCCUGCUGAAACGCACAGCGCAGUUGAAGUGUUACUCAGAGGGAGAGGGAGUGGCUUCAAACUCAGCUUCUCACAUCGAGAUCCGCUACACUGACCUUUUCGUGACAGAAGAUGAUGACUUUGUAGACAGCAGCACACAUGAGUACUUUGACCUAGCGAGCAGACGGGCUCGCAUCUAUGUUCAUCAGGCUUGCCAGCGUAUACGACCAUGCCAUUUAUUGGACCCCCAAGGAACAUCAGGACGGCCCCCUAAAAGGGUUAAAGUGAAGGGUAUUGCUGGAAUCGGAAAGAGCGUAGCAGUACAGAGACUCGUCUAUGAGUGGGCGAUCGGGAAGAACAUGCGUGAAUUCACCUGCAUUUUUGACCUACGCUUCAGAGAGCUCAAUCUGAUUGAAGCUCCACUGAGCUUAUUUGAGCUGCUUGGAGAACGGUUCCGGUACCUAAAGGAAGCACUACCUGAUCUCUUCACUUCACCAAGCUCUUUGCUCUUCAUCUUGGAUGGAUUAGAUGAGUUCAAAUUCACCUUGGACUGGAACAGUCCUGACAAAAACAUUGACUUUCGCUCAAAGGUGCCAGUGUCAGAGCUGAUGGUGGCUUUAAUCAAGGGAAGCCUUCUCCCAGAGGCAUCAGUCAUUCUUCAGUUAGAGAAGGAGGAGGAGGUGCACAGCAUUGAUAUUGGAAAUGAAGGCUCUGCUUUCAUCGAGGUGCUGGUGGGGAAUUCUUCAGCUGUCAGAGAUCAGGACUAUGAGGUUCUCUUGGUUACGUCUUCCUUCAUGUCGCCCACGGAGAGUCGUAACGGCACCAACAUGAACCGAGUGCGUUUCUUCGGGCCUCAGCAGCUGCAGAAGAGCGCGACUCAGGAGAAGUGGGACAGAGUGAAAAUUGUGUGCAGCCAGCCGUACAGCAAGAACAUAGCAUACGGACUGGCCUUUGUGAAGUUUCAUUCACCGCCUGACAAAAAUGAUCCUCUUCCAACAACCUCCCCGAAACUGACAAAGCUGGGACAGUUCAGGGUGAAGGAGGAGCCUCCAUCCUCCGCUCCCAGCCUUCAACCUGGCAGUCUCUUCUUCAAUCGGGACCAUGCAACAAAGUCCACUACCUCACCGAAAGUGUCUCCUCAGAGUGAGAGGUUGAGUUACGCUGCUGCUGCGCUGCAGGCUGGCGGCUCCCACUCCUCAGGUGCCGGCCCCCCCUCCUCAGGCCCGGCUCCCUCCUCCAGCUCGGCCUCACCGCAGCCUCCAGCAAAGAGAACAUUUGAGUUCAGCAAAGAGCAAAAGCCUUCCUCCGGCCCUCCCCCGUCAAAGAAAUCCAGCCCAGCUGUCUCACCUGAGGGGAAAGCUGCGGCCCCCAAACCCAAGCCGAGCCCCGCCGGCACGCCCAGCUCCAGCACCCCGAAAGCGUCCCCGGUGCAAAAGUCUGCUGAUAAGAAUCGGGAGAGCCACUCUAAACCCGAGCCUAAACCCAAACAACCGAAAGCCAGCGCGCAGCAGGUCCCUUUCAAACGCCUCCUGGAGGGGGUCGUGUUUGUCCUCAGCGGCUUCCAAAACCCCAUGAGAGGGGAUUUGAGGGAAAAGGCUGUGGACAUGGGAGCCAAAUACAGACCUGACUGGACCCCCGACUCCACACACCUCAUCUGUGCCUUCGCUAACACCCCCAAGUACAGCCAGGUGAAAUCAGCAGGGGGCAUCAUCGUGCGGAAGGAAUGGGUUUUGGACUGCCAUAAGAAAAAACAGAAGAUCACCUAUAAACAGUAUCUGAUGGAUGGAGCAGAGUCAAGCUCAGAGAGCGAAAUGGAAGUGGAUGAACAGAGUGAAGAGGAAGUGAGGACAAAGACUCCACCAAAGCAGCAGAGACAAGUGACCCCGAAAAAGACGCCAGAGAAGAAGAAAGACGAGGAUGAGUAUGCUGGCUCAACUGAUGUGGAUGAACCAGGAAGUGGAGAUGAUGAGUCUGCCGUGGACACUGAGGACGAGCUGCAGAGGGUGGAGCACGAGAGCAGAAAGAAGAAAGCUUCAUCAGACAAGAAGGUGAAGCAGGAGGAUCCAUACGGGGGGUCCACAGAUGAAAACACAGACGCUGAGGCUGAAGAGGAUCUCCCCAUCCCUGAGCUCCCAGACUUCCUGAGAGGAAAGCACUUCUUCCUCUAUGGUAAAUUUCCCAACAACGAGAGGCGCCUUCUGCUGAGAUACAUUGUUGCCUUCAACGGGCUGAUCGAGGACUACAUGACGGAGAAGGUGCAGUUUGUGGUGACCAGUGAAGGGUGGCACGACUCCUUUGAAGACGCGCUGAUGGAGAACGGCAAUCUGAACUUUGUCAAACCCGCAUGGAUUUACGCAAUCAAUGAACGACAAAAGAUUCUGCCCUAUCAGCCCUACUCCGUUGUCCCCUGAGCAAUAUCCUGUACGUACACACACAGAUGAGCAGACACACUUAAGCUCAGUUUCCUGAACAAUGGAGCAAAGGUUUUUCUUUCUUCUGAUUUGCAGCUUCCCGAGAGACAAGCAAUAAACAAACUACAGUUCAUUAAUGCUUUUACACUUUCUACUGGCCAUCAUGAAACGGGGUCAACCCUGAUGUUCCUUGCUUUCUGCUAAGAUGGGAGAAGAAUAUUUUUAAAAUGUGGUGUGUAAUGUUAGGAUAAGGUUAAGAUUCAUUGUUAGCUUUUUAGUUCAAGGUUGUUAGUUUUAGCUUGGCCAGAAGGGAAAAUCUUCUUCAUCAGUGUCGUGUCAAGCGCUCUUUCUUUGUGGGCAAAGCACACACACUCUGAUUCCUCUGUUACUGGGAUGCAGUUUGUUGCUGCUCACCUCAAGAACCUCAGACUCUCUGGAAAUAAAUUACCCCGCCGUCCUCACUGCCAGCAGCACUGAUAACACUCUGACUUGGGUAAGCGGGGAGACCAUUAUGAAACCAGCAGUGAAAGUCAGCUGAAGAAAAGUGCCAUUUUUCCAUUGCUGCAGCUACCACAAUGCAGAAAUCAGGAAACAGUAUUCUACAACAAUAAAUAAAUUCUGGAGUUUGUUUUUCUCCUUUUAUUUUAUUAUAAGCCAUGAUUUGGAAAGUGAUGGAUUUCUCUGUGUCAAUGCUUGAUAAUGCUUGAGUUUGUGAUUUGGUUUUUGUGUCAUGUUCGUGGAAUGAAUAUUAGAAGAAAUUGAAACAGACGUCAGUGUUUCGCGUCACUCGAGAGUUCCUUAAUGCUUCAUAAGACAAGAAGAAGAGUUGUCGAGCUUACCGCCUGCUUUUCCGAAGCAAUUUAAGUCUCUUUAACUUGUUUUUGUUCUUAUGCUACUUAAUUAUUUUGUCAAAAUAAAAAAAUUGGUUUUUAAUGGAA